AUGGUUUCAACAACUUUAAAAAUACGAUAUCAAACGGAAAAUGCAGAAUACAGCGGUGGAGCGGUUCGAGCACUGCGGUUAGCGGCGUUGCCGCUUCGCAUUGCAGCGAUUCGGUCGCACCGCGAUAGCGUUUCACUUAGCUUUUAUUACAAGGGAAUACGCGAUAAAAUCGCAGUGAUGUCGUUAUACAUCAACGGCAACGUCGCUGCGACUGCGUCACUCCGCGCGGAUUGCUCGUUUCAGUGCGACGCGUAUAUAGUU